UCAGGAACAACGUCGAGCAACCCUAAAUCCUAAUUUAACAUUCUCCAAUUGCUUAAUAGCGAUCAAUUCGGCUACAUAAACAAUGUUAUUCUGAAAACACCAUGGUUAUGGUUAUGGUGGUACCACAAGAAUGACUCAUUCUCUGUUCUCUACCACACAACAUAGAAACGAACGAGUUUGGGUGAGAGAAUCAAUAGUGGGUAACAUAUAGUGGAAGAGCAGUUUAAGAGGCGUGAUUACCAGAAAUGGCUGCAGAGUUCAGCUAAAACUACUAGAUAGUACAUACAAAGAGAACCCAAUGAACACUAGAAGCAUAUUCCAAUCAUGUUUAUCUUAUACAGGAAGAGACCACUAAUGCACUCCAACAAACGCCAAGGAACCGUUUGACCAAGGGCCCCAUUCCCACAUUUCUUUAUAGAGAAUCUUUAAUCAAAGAGAAAACUGAAUUAUGCAAACUCCAAAGACACAUUGCUUUCUUAAUCACCAUUCAUCAAGGACAAAGAUACAACUUAUAAAAGUCUCUUUUAAUUAUCAGCAUCCAAAGGCUCCAAUGUCUUCAAAGAUGUUGGUUUACUCAUGUCGGAUGCAUUUGUUCUUUUGCUUGUAUUCAUUUUUUUAUUACUCUAGUCAGAACUGAAUGAGAGUAUGUGUGUAUAUAUAUAUUGGAAGGAAGGAAGGAAGGACAGGAGUUAUGUGAAGAUGGAGAGGUGGAGGAACGGGCUCUGCUUCAAGCGAUGGUUUCACUUCCCUACAAAGAAUCCAGUUUUAAAGGUCAUGACUUCACACAUUCGACGCAGAAACAAAGGGGAUAGAAAUGGGCUUAAAGGUCUUUACAAGGACAUGAAAUCUUGUGGAGAAUAUGCAGAUAUACAAGUGAUGUGGGAGAUCAUUCACUCUUCAUCUCCUGCAUAUGCUGACAACACCACCACCAAAAGAAGCAGGAGGAGGAUGACUAAAUGGAGAUUCUGCUUCAGGCCAACUUGAAUUCUUCAAUACAAGUAUGGUUUUUUGAUCGCCAUGUAAGUAAAUACGAUAGAAAAGUUUUGCUCAGAAAUCUCUGUUUUGACAGUCUCCGUUAUUGAAUCAUAAAUUUGGAUUAAGCAAGAUCCUUGAACAUAAAAAUAUGAACAAAGUUAAAUACACACAACAUAAGCAUACAAAACCCCGAAAUCAUAUAUAGCUAAUUGAACAUGAAGCUACUACUGCAAAAGCCCAUGCCCAUCCAUCUACGUUCCUCUUCCCAUUGACAGACAUUAGUGGUGCGCCAUUAUUCAGUGAGCAAAUUCUAUCCUAGUGGCUACAAUAGGAACAGGCCAUACUGAAAGGGAAGACUUCAAGCAAGAGCACCAUCAUCCUCAUGGAGGAGCAUCUGAUCAAAGUGCCAUACUCCUGCAAACCCACAAAGUAAUUUUAUUAUAAGUCUAAAAUAAAAAA